GUGUAUUGUACACGUGGACAGUGUAUGAAGUGUCUGAUAUGCCAUUGUCACUGCCAUGCAAGCAGCAGCAGCAUGCACACAGCACAGAACAGAACAGAUUUCAGCACAAAAUUUGAGCUUUAAAUAGUCGACAAUUAUGUUGUCUUGUCGAUGUCACAUCAAUACUCAUGCUGCUAACAUGAUCUUAGAAUUGCUCGUCAGGAUAUUCCUCUUGAUUGCCUUCUUAAUUACUGAGGAGCUUGACCCAUUUCAACGAGUAAUACAGCCAGAAGAGAUGUGGUUAUACAAGAACCCCCACUCUGUGCACAGCACUGUAACGACAAGGAUGCUAUUUAGCUCUGCUAUCCUGGUGCCGCUUUGUGUUAUAACAAUCUUUAGUCUUAUGAGGAAAGAUAGACUUGAUUUUCUACAUGCUGUUUUAGCUUGCUCGCUUGCUGAGCUUUUAGAUGGAGUGCUCACCAAUAGUAUCAAGUUAAUUAUUGCAAGACCACGGCCAGACUUCUUUUAUCGCUGUUUUCCCAAUGGCGUGAUGACAACAGAUCUCAAAUGUACAGGAGAUUUAGAUACAAUCAAUGAAGGCAGAAAGAGCUUUCCUAGUGGACAUUCCUCAUUUUCAUUUUGUGCCUUUGGCUUCACUGCCUUUUACCUGGCUGGAAAACUACACACAUUUGAGAGUCGAGGUCGAGGCGUAGGCUGGAGGAUACUGGUAACAUUAGCUCCCCUAUAUGUUGCCCUCAUGGUUGCGUUAUCAAGAACAGCUGACUACAGGCAUCACUAUGAAGAUGUUAUAGCUGGGUCUCUACUUGGUCUUGCCGUUGCCUAUGCCAUCUAUCGCCAGUACUUCCCAGCCCUCACCCACGCCACGUGUGACAAAUCUUACGCAAGGCUUUACGCCCUCAGAGACGCAAUGUCAUUACAAGAGUACAACACAAACAAUGCAAUAAGUACACGUAUACCACUGGACAGUGUUAAAACUGUUUGAUGAAUGGAGCAUGCUCUAGACUCCAGUAUUACAGAAGAUAUGGAUGUAUUGAUUUUCGAAAGACAUGCAACGAUCAAAGAUCACGUACGUCUGGAAUCAUGUAGUCCCUUUUGUUUACAAAAAAUGGUCCACGUCAAGAAGGAAAUGCGGGCUUACUUCAUUCCAUUGGGUCUGGUUGGCGGGUUACAUGAACUUUUGUUGAUUAUUGAGCCCUAAUUCUGAAAGGGUCGGAUGAAAAUGUUUGUGAAAUAAUGUACACCCUUCAAUUUCACCAAAGUGUAGAGUCCAGUUUACCCAACACUUUCUCUACAGCAAAUCUACAAAAAGUUGUGUCUCAACCCGACACUUUUUAGUACAAGAUAAAUAAUCAAAAGGGUUCAUAAAAAAAGCUAGUGAUCUACAUGUACACUUCGUCAUUGUAUUGGCACAUUUUCGCAAAUGUAAUUGUAAUGAUACAUGUACUGUUAAAUCUGCAUAGUACAGAUACAAGUUGUAUUUUACUGCCGGUAUUUACAAAGUACUGGGACUAAAGAGAAGGACCAUCUGUUAGAUGAUUUAAUGCAGUUCUCUCUUCACAAUCAGUGUUUUGGUAUUAGCUUUUCACUUGCCGUGAUGCAAGCCUCUUCAAACCUCUGUCGUAUAUCUACCGUAUUGUCGUACUGCUAUAACAAAUUGUGGUUGUGGAGAAAGAACUACUUUUCAAAGUGCUGGGACCAGGCUAAUAUUAAUAUUCCGCUUAUAUAGCUCUUAAUACAAAUGUCUCUAAGCGCUUUACAGAUAUACUAUUACCCCGGUCAUUGGAUUCAGUGCUUCCGCGCACACACUGUCUGCACAAUCUCCACUCCCUGGGGAGCAUUCCAGCCAGGCGUUACUUGACGCUUAAAAACUGUUUGACCAACAAUGGCAGUCGCAUCCUACCGGGUACCCAUUUUAACACCUGGGUGGAGAGUAGCAAGUGUAGGUUAAUAUCUUGUCAAAGGAUAUUAGUGCUGUGUCGGGAUUCGAACCCUCGACCUUCGCAUCUCCAGUCAAGCGCCUUAUACAGAUAUACAUUGAACAACUCAAUUCUUGACCAAAGUUUGUCACUUCAUUUGGACUUUGCAGGAAUUAUGAAUAUGUCAUGUAUGUCCUAUCUGUGAAAUUUAAAUGUAGGCAGUGUCCUAAUAAUCAAAUUA